AUGGAGGGCAAUCGCUUCCUUAAACUCGCACCGGAAGAGGAUCUGAAGAGCACCCCCGAUCAAGAGACAUCGCUCCCGAAGUUCCUCAAGUUGACGCCGGACCCGCCCAAGAACACCGGGAGCAAAUCGCAUGACAAGCCAGAUCUUCACCUAAAACCUGACCAGCCAGCCUGCAAGUCGUCAGGCAAAAAGCCGAGCGCCAGCAUUUGCGGCCAUGAAGUGGGGACUACAGACCAUACCGAGAUGCCGCCUAGUCACAACAAGGCGGGUUUCAAGCGUGGCGACGUCGGCGGCGGCAACGAAACAGCACAAGGCUCGAAUGCCCGCCUCCGGCAGACAGCCAAUAUCGAGCAGGACGUCGACUGGGUGGACUAUGGGUUCCAGCUUCCGCCACGACGCUUCUACUAG